CCAAGUUACCAUAAGUUGAAGUAACCAGUUUCGCCCUUUGUCUCUGAAGCUUAGGGUCAUUUCCUUCCCUCUCUCCGCUACCUUAACCGUCGACAUCUUACUCCCACUGGUGUUUACCAGCACUUGCCCCCGCCCUCCCGCUCCCGCUCCCUGUCCCUCCACCUCGUUCACUCAUCUCACUUCUCUCGGCAUUCUCUCGUUUAUCCUGUCCUUUCCUAUAUCCCGCGGCUCAUCACCACCCAUAGCCUCCUCCACGACAAAUUUCUCGCCUUUUGAAAGCUACCGCAAUCAUGGACGCGAAGGAAGUCAAGACACAUGUCACUAACAUUGAGAAAGCCGUUAAAGAGAAGCUUCCCCCGGCGGUUUUAAUUGACAUUCUGAAUUCGCUGAAGACUGGCGUCACCGCUACUGAGCAGCUAUUGAGAGUUCGUCAUCCCUCCUCCCACCCCUCAAUAGAGUACCUUCUCAAUUCGUCCCAAUAUCCCUCCACUGCUCUGCGAAAGCUAUAGCCUCAUUCCUGGAUCUUUGGGAAACUAAUAUGCGCUAUCGCAAUAAUAGGACACGAAGGUCGGUAUGGCUGUCAACAAGCUGCGUAUGAACGGUGAUAGGUCUGUCUCGGACCUUGCCAAAGAAAUCGUCGCAAAGUGGAAGAAGGAUGUUCAUACCAAGACCAAGCCCUCCGGAUCGUCCUCCCACGACGGCAAGAAGGAGCGUAUGGUGACCGUAUCCCCAUCCAGAACCCCCCCGAAGCCUUCCGGAAAACGCCCGGCCGAUCUUGCCACUAGAUCUAGAAAGACCGACAAUGUUAAUUGGCAGUGCACCGGCGAAGCUACCCGUGAUAACUGUCUUGGCAUCAUUUAUGACGCGUUGGCACUUGGUUGUGAUGCUUGUACGAAACAUGGCUCCUGAGUUGCUCCUGAGUUUGUGGAUUUGUUGCGAACUGACGACUGUGAAUAGCUUCGGAAGCUCUCCUAUCGCUGGCAAAGUCCAUCGAGUCCAUCACUUUCACAAACUACAAGAAGACCGACGCAGCCUACAAGCGCCGCAUGCAGGUCCUCUUCCUCAACCUCAAGAGUAAGGACAAUAACCUCCGCAACCGUGUCGUCUCGGGCGAGAUCACUCCCACACGUCUCUCCACCAUGGAGAGUAGUGAGAUGGCGUCCGCACAGAGGAGACAGGCCGACGAGAAGCUCAUGGAGGAGAACAUGAGGACCGCCAUGAUGGCCAAAUCCGAGAAGUCUAUCAGCGACCAGCUCACCUGUGGAAAGUGCGGCCAGAAGAAGGUUUCGUACACCCAGGCGCAGACCAGGUCUGCCGAUGAACCUAUGACCACCGUAUGCUUCUUUCUCCACUUCCUCUUUCCUCAUAGAUAUUCUUGUUGGAUUUGGGCGGGCUAAUGAUGGGGGGACAUGAUGUAGUUCUGCACCUGCGAAAUCUGCUCUCACCGCUGGAAAUUCUCGUAGAUUUUUCUUUUCUUUAUCGCUAUUCCUUUUUUUUAUAAAUAAUUUUUAUCCUCUUGCGUACCCUAUGCGUCCUUUCUUCUCCCCUUAUCCUCCCCCGUCCGCUCAAUUCAAUCCAUCAAUCAAUCAGGGGGGGGGUUAAUAGUAACGAAUAGUCAGGUCGGGUACGUUAAUAAAUAAAUUAUGC